AUGGAGGAUACUAAUCAAUGGUGUCGCUAUGACCAUGACCCACUUCUUCUCACGGACGUUUCUUUGCAACAAGAAUCCUCUUCUUAUACUCGCUGCUCCAAUUCUCUUUCGCAAUCAUCACUGAGCUCUCAGGUUUUGGCUAUGGAGGAUGAGCCCGUGUGUGGUGACAGUCCUAGUAUCGGGUUUUCACGGAAAAAUGGAGGUUUUGAAGGGAACAGCGUGAAAUUCGAUGACCCAAUUGUGAAAAAUGUGGUUGAUGGAAGAUCCAUUUUGGGGUAUUCUCUGACAUCCCCAGAUUUGGUCAUUUGUGCUGGCUCACCAGAUGUAGCUGGAAUUAGCCGUUGCGAUUCUCCUGAAUUUUUGAAGAACCAACAUUGCAAGAAUGUGGAGUCAUCGAUGGAGCUUUCUCUAGAGUAUGGAAUCAAGGGGUCUCAAGUUGAAGUUGACAAAGAGCAUAAGAUUCCAACUGUUAAAUUCUCCAAUUUCUGUCAAACUUUUGAGCAAGAGGAAGAGCUACUGAGCCCUGAAGCCUCCUUUGAGCUUCUUCCACCCCUUCUAACCAAGGAUGAGUCACCCCACGAUUCCCCUCUUAGAGAUACUGAGAUGCUAGAAGAUAAUGGAGUGUCUCAGGAGGGAGAAUUGGAGUCCUCAGAAGAUGCCGAGGAUAUUGGGGUAGAAGAGAAAUUUAAAAGGCUGAAAAGAGACUUUGAGUAUCAGAGAAAGGAGCUGGUAGAAACGAGGAGGGAGUUAGGGGAGAUAAAAAAGGAGAAUCAGCAGAAGAGUAGAGAAUGUCAAGAAGCUUGGAACUCCUUGAAAGAGCUUCAGAAUGAGCUAAUGCGCAAGUCCAUGCACGUAGGAUCUUUAGCAUUUGCCAUUGAGGGGCAAGUGAAAGAGAAAAGUAGGUGGUUUUCGUCGCUGAGAGAUUUAACAAGGAAAUUGAAGAUUAUGAAAAUGGAACACAUAAAGCUAUUAGGAGAAGCGGAGGCAAGCAAAAAAUAUCAAGCAGAUAUGAGAGAAAUGGGGCUUAUCAUUAAGUCCAAAAUUAAUGAAAAACUGGAGUCCCAUGAAGAUCUCAAGUCUAAAUAUGUUGAAGGGGCUAAGGAACGGAAAGAGCUUUACAACAAGGUCUUGGAGUUGAGAGGAAACAUAAGGGUCUUCUGCCGUUGUAGGCCUCUCAAUGCAGAAGAGAUAACUUCAGGAGCAACAAUGGCCUUAGAUUUUGAAUCUGCGAAAGAUGGUGAGCUAACUGUAAUGUCAAAUGGAGCUCCUAAAAAGACUUUUAAGUUCGAUGCUGUCUUUCAUCCCCAAGCUGAACAAGCUGAUAUUUUUGAAGACACGGCACCAUUUGCGACAUCAGUUCUAGAUGGAUUCAACGUAUGCAUUUUUGCAUAUGGACAGACUGGGACAGGGAAAACAUUCACAAUGGAGGGCACUGAAGAGGCUCGAGGUGUAAACUUUAGGACUCUCGAAAAAAUGUUCGACAUAAUCAAGGAGAGACAGAAGUUUUAUUGUUAUGAUAUUUCUGUUAGUGUCUUAGAAGUGUACAAUGAGCAAAUAAGAGAUUUGCUGGUUGCAGGAAAUCAUCAAGGAACAGCUGCAAAAAGACUUGAAAUAAGGCAAGCUGGUGAAGGAAUGCAUCACAUUCCAGGUUUGGUUGAGGCACAUGUGAACAAUAUGACUGAAGUCUGGGAAGUCCUACAAACUGGUAGCAAUGCAAGGGCAGUAAGCUCAACCAAUUCCAAUGAGCAUAGCAGCCGAUCACACUGCAUUCACUGUGUUAUGGUUAAGGGAGAGAAUUUGUUGAAUGGAGAAUGCACGAGAAGCAAGCUAUGGUUGGUAGAUCUAGCAGGCAGUGAGCGAGUGGCAAAGACAGAAGUUCAUGGUGAUAGAUUGAAGGAGACACAAAAUAUUAACAGGUCUCUAUCUGCACUUGGUGAUGUCAUAUCAGCUCUUGCAACGAAAAGUUCACACAUCCCUUUCAGGAACAGCAAGCUUACACACUUGCUGCAAGACUCAUUAGGAGGAGAUUCGAAGGCACUCAUGUUUGUACAGAUCAGUCCUAAUGAAAACGAUUUGAGUGAGACGAUUUGCUCUCUUAACUUCGCCAGUAGAGUGAGAGGAAUAGAAUUGGGCCCUGCAAGAAAGCAGUUGGACACUGUUGAGCUUUUGAGACACAAACAAAUGGCUGAUAAAGUCAAACAAGAGGUAAAGCUGAAGGAUUUGCAAAUCAAGAAGAUGGAGGAAACAAUCCAUGGAUUAGAGUCCAAGGUGAAGGAAAGAGAUAUCAAAAACAAAAAUAUGCAAGAGAAGGUCAAGGAACUGGAGUCACAGCUUCUGAUUGAGAGAAAGCUGGCGCGUCAACAUGUAGACUCAAAGAUAGCUGAGCAGCACCAACUGAAACAUCAAGAAGAGCAAAAUAAUGCACUUAUGAGAUCAGCAGUUGCAAAUAGAACGCUAGGAAAUCUCAAGAAUUUCAAUGAUACAGUGAGUGGUGGCUGGUGCAAAGACCAACAAAUGAAUUCAGCUAAACCACUCGCAGAGAACAACAACAUCUUUAAACCUUUUAUACCCUUUGCUACGAUGGAGAGCUCCCUUAAGUGCAUUGACCAUUCUGAGAAAGAAAACAAUCCUGAGAUGGCUGAUAAAGCCCUACUGCCAAAGAGGCCUGGAAGAGCUUCUUCAAUUUGUAUGAUGGCACCACGUGUUCCUUCAGCCAUUGCUUCAAGGAGAAACUCUCUGAUUCCACUCCCAAGUAUUCCUAGCUUAACACAGUUCCAAUCACCAUUUUUACCAAUUUUAACAAACCAAGCUGAUCAGAAAGAUGUCAUUGGGGAAGCAGAAGCCAAUUGUUUGCCUGUACAACAGACUCAUUGUGAGAGCCCCAAAGAAGUUAGAAGUGGUGCUAAGAGGAUAGGUAGCAUACUAAGAAGAAGCCUGCAUAAGAAAAUCCAGGUGAAGUCUCCACUUCAGCAGCACAUGAGGAAGGUUGGUGUCAAUGUAGGGAUGGAGAAAGUUAGAGUUUCCAUUGGAAGAAUGGGGAGAUUAGGUCCGAGGGGGCAAGUAGGAAGUGGUAGAAAAGGAGGAGCUAAAGAUACUCAACAAAAAAACAGUCAAAAGGAAAAGGAAAGGGGAUGGAUCUGA